AUGGGGCCUCAAGUCCAUACCUCCUCUGUCCAAGCGGAGGCGCGCCGAGGAGCUCGGGGGCCAGGACGACGUCGAGCUGGUGUACCCGGGCGCGACGAUCCCCGCCCACAGGGCGCAGUCGAUAUUGAAGACGCUGGUGACGGAGCGCGAGUCGCUGCACAGGAAGCGGCUAAUGCUCAGCUUCGUGGCUAUGCCCUUCACCGCGCCCAUUGCCAUCCUCCCCGUGUAGGUUCUGCUGCCAUUGCGGCUUAUUGAUGAGAGUUGACCCGGCUGACCUGGGCCACCCGACUAGAAUCCCCAACAUUCCUUUCUUCUACCUAGCCUACCGUGCCUGGUCUCAUUGGCGCGCCAUAUCUGGAGGCAAGCACGUGCAAUGGCUCCUCGAAAAUAAACUUAUCAAGGAUAAGCCAUCAGAGACCCUAGACCAUCUCUACAUCAAGGACGGGCCGACUAUCAACGAGUCGCUGGACGUUAAGGAGCAGAUACUCCUUACACAGAGACAAGUCCGCAACUUCUCGGAUACUCUCAACAUCCCCGAAUUGGAGGUCGAGUUGGAGCGUGCGAUCUGGCAAGUGGAACAAGCAUUGCAAAAGGGCGAGGAGGCCGCCAAGGUCCACGUACCCUCGCCUUCGGAAAAGUCCAAGGACGAUGGUGUAAAGAAGGACGCGCCAGACGCCGGCGAAAAGGGGAAGAAGGAAUGA